AGCGCGGAGCAGCUUCGGCGCUGCCUCCGCCCGGGCUGCCGGAUCAUGUGCCCGGGGCCGAUCCCAGCCUGAUCCGCCCUCGUAGCCAGCCGCACGCUCCUGGGACCCCGGGCAGCGAGCGGAUGUGGGUCCGAUGGCGGCGGCGGGGGACGGGGCUCGCUCCCGGCUCGGCGGCUCCCGAGGGGGCAGCCCUGCUUCCAGCCCCCUGUUGGGCGGCGGCAAAGAGCGCUCCCCGCAGCACGGGCAGGAGCAGUCGCCGGCCUCCAAGCCUCCCCCACAGCCCCUGUGCUCCCCGGGCCACAGCUUCAGGAGAGUGACCCUCACCAAGCCCACCUUCUGCCACUACUGCACUGACUUCAUCUGGGGACUGGCCGGCUUCCAGUGUGAAGUUUGCAAUUUUAUGUCUCAUGAAAAGUGCCUCAAGCACGUGAAGAUUCUGUGCUCGUGCAUUGCACCCAGUCUUGUUAGGGUUCCAGUUGCCCAUUGCUUUGGACCUCCUGGACAUUACAAGAAGAAAUUCUGCAUUGUUUGCAGGAAGCAGUUAGAGAGCCCUGCAUUCCGUUGCGAAGUGUGUGAACUACAUGUGCAUGCAGAGUGUGCCCCGUUUGCUUGCAGUGACUGCCGACAGUGUCAUCAAGAUGGGCAACAGGAUCAUGACACCUACCAUCAUCACUGGAGGGAGGGGAAUCUUUCUUCGAAUGCACGCUGUGAGGUGUGCAGGAAAACCUGUGGUUCUUCUGAAGUGCUUUCUGGCAUGAGGUGUGAGUGGUGUGGCAUUAUGGCACAUGCUGCUUGCUAUGUCACUGUGACACCAGAAUGUACUUUUGGAAGACUCAGGAACAUGAUUCUUCCUCCAAAUUGUGUGCGUUUAUAUUCUCGCAAUUUCAGCAAAAUGCACUGUUUCCGGAUAUCAGAGAAUCUGCAGGCUGAGCCAGAUGAUGAUGAUGAUAUUGAUGGCUCCUCACCAAGCUGGUUGAAAGAUGCCCAGAUUUCAACAGAUUCUAGCAAACAAACAUUGAAGAUUUUUGAUGGUAAUGAUGCGAUAAAACGCAAUCAGUUUCGGCUGAUCACCAUUCCAAGAAUAGCCCAAAAUGAAGAGGUUUUGGAAGCUGCCCUGAGGGCAUAUUACAUAAACGAAGAUCUGCAAGACUUUAUGCUUCAGACAUUCACUCAGCAGGCCUUGGUUGAUGAGGACAUAGUUAUGCGAAAUGGAGUCACUGAUGAAACCACCACUGGCUCAGUAUUCAAAGAGUCUGCUCCUGAAGCUUGGAUUAUCAGAGCUAAACCCAAGGAUCACGAAGUAAUCAAAAUUUAUCCCGGCUGGCUGAAGAUAGGGGUGGCUUAUAUCUCCCUCCGAGUAAAGAAAGAGAGCACGGCUCAGACGGUGGUGAGAGAAGUACUCCCGUUACUAGGACGACAGACAGAGAGUCUCGAGAAUUUCCGAUUGGUGGAGGUGUUUAUGGGCAGCAGGCAAGUUCAGCGAAUGGUACUGGAAGACCAGGAAUUAAUUCUUGGCAGGCUUAAAACACUAAGAAAGACUUCAGUACAUCAGAUGAAUCAUACAAGAUUUUACAUUGUAGAGAAAGAUAAUGCAGCCAUCCAAAUAAACCUGUUUAUUGGUGGUCUGCCACUUCAGCUCUCUUCUGAAGAAUACACUAAAAUCCUACAGGAUGACUUGGCUAUUAAAACAAAUCUAGUUUCUGUGAGUCAUGUUUACUCAGCCCAAGGUGCUGUGGUACUUCACAUCUCUUGUUUUUCUGAAGCGGAAAGAAUAUAUAUGUUAGUUAGAGAUAUAACUGUUAAUGACAAACAGCUUUUUGGAGUUGUGCUACCUGAAGUUAUGCAUUCAAAGCUUCCACAAAACUGCUGUCCCCUUCUCGUGUUUGUAAAUCCAAAAAGUGGAGGUCUGAAAGGCCGAGAUCUACUCUCUAGUUUCAGAAAACUCCUGAAUCCACAUCAGGUCUUUGAACUUACCAAUGGAGGGCCUUUACCUGGAUUUCAUAUAUUCUCCCAAGUUCCUGAUUUCCGUGUACUCGUGUGUGGUGGUGAUGGAACAGUGGGUUGGGUUCUCGGAGCCCUUGAGGAGAUUAGACAUAAACUUGCCUGCCCGGAGCCAUCCGUAGCGAUCUUACCUCUAGGCACAGGCAAUGAUUUGGGCAGGGUGCUUCGCUGGGGAGCUGGCUAUAGUGGGGAAGAUCCAUACUCUGUCCUGAUAUCAGUAGAUGAAGCUGAUGAUGUUCUUAUGGACCGUUGGACUAUCCUUUUGGAUGCUCAAGAGACUGUUGAAAGCACAGUAAAUGAUGUUACGGAACCGGAACCACCAAAGAUAGUUCAGAUGAACAAUUAUUGUGGCAUUGGAAUUGAUGCAGAAUUGAGUUUGGACUUUCAUCAUGCCAGAGAAGAAGAACCAGGCAAAUUUACAAGCAGGUUUCACAAUAAAGGUGUGUAUGUAAAAGUAGGAUUACAGAAGAUAAGUCACACCAGAAACCUGCAUAAGGAGAUUAAACUUCAGGUUGAUCAACAUGAAGUGGAAUUGCCAAAUAUUGAGGGACUCAUUUUCAUUAAUAUCCCCAGUUGGGGUUCUGGAGCUGAUCUGUGGGGGUCUGACAAUGAUAGUCGGUUUGAGAAACCAAGAAUCGAUGAUGGCUUGCUAGAAGUCGUUGGGGUGACUGGUGUUGUUCAUAUGGGCCAAGUUCAAGGUGGUCUGCGUUCAGGAAUUCGAAUAGCCCAAGGCUCAUACUUCCGGGUUACCCUUCUUAAGCGAAUUCCUGUUCAAGUCGAUGGAGAGCCCUGGAUUCAGGCUCCAGGCCAGAUGAUCAUUUCUGCUUCAGGACCGAAGGUUCAUAUGUUGAAAAAGUCUAAGAAGCAGAGAAAAGCAACUGGAAGCAUGAAGGAUGCAAAACCAGAUAAUGUAGCAAGCUCUGAAGGGGACAGUAAAUAAGAAUGAUCUUACUAAAAAUGGACAGUGCACCUACUGUAGUUUAAAUACAAACUGCACUGUUGAAGUUUGGUAAAGAAAUAUUGUUUCAAACUUUCAUGCAUUCCACUUCUGGCAGAAUUCUAUUGAAUGUCUUUCACUGCAUCGUCUUAUACUUUUGUGUGUUUUGUGUAGAUCCUGUCUGCUUCUUGAUGCUGGUAGAUUUAAACGUUUUUGCAUGAAGUAACCUUCUGAUAUAAUGUAGUUUAAUUUUGAGAUUUAUUCGGCUAGACCCUCAGGUCAGAAGAGGUAGAGAGAAAAGUCACUCAAUUUCACAACAAAUCCAGAAUAUAAGCUUUCAUUUAAUCAUCCUUUUUGUUGUUCUCUUGGACAAAGCUGCUCCCCAGGUGUUCAUAUGAACUAUUUCAUAAGUUCAUUUCAGUGAGGGAUCCAAAGAGGAGAACUUCUGUGGAAUAGAUUUCCAUUAACUACAGGCAAUCCUUCCAAAAUGGUACAUCUUAGAGAGCAAUUUGGGUUAGACCACGAUGGAAGAAUAAGGGCACAUAGUUACCAUAACAUGGCUGUUAAUUGUUUUAUCCCAUGAGGCUGCUCGGCCUGGAAUGCCUUCUAGCACUUAUUUCAAGCAGGAUGGCAGAAUUGUGGAGCAACAUUUUAAUCAGUAGUUCAUUAGCCUAGCAAAGAGAGGCAGUUGCAGCUAUUUAAAAUUCAAUCUUUACUAGGAAUUGAUUCUACGCAGUAAAGGAUUCCCUGGCCCAGCUGUGAUAGCAAAUGCCCAGUUCGCCAUAGAGUGGCCAUAGAUGUGGGUCAGGAAAGUGUAUUUGCCAUCCACUGGGGAUCCAUGCUUCAGGAAGUCUCAGGCUUCACAGUGAGGCUCCCCAACCCAUUGCAAAUGAUCCAUCUCUCAUAUCCCAGCAUGUCCUUUGGCAUGCUCAGGAUACUGAGGAGUUCAAGUAUCAGGUUAUUGGCACCUUGAGUUUCACCCAGUGCAGACAGUUCUGGGUCUUUUUCCAGGGACUAGGUCCUGAAGCGAGGGACUCUUUCCUUCUUGCAGUAUCUCCCAGAUGUGAUUCAGUCAUUAGCUUCCUGAUAACCCCUUUUGGAUCCCGCUUCUUAUGACUCUGGGCUCUGAGCCAGCCUCCUCUGAGCUUCCUGGUGUUAACAGGCACUUUCCUGGGGGUUUUCCACUUGUUUCAGGUCCUUUAACUGUACAGGGAGAAACUCAUUGCUGUUUAACUACUUCUUUUGAGACAAAGGGCCAUUGUCUUGCCCCACCCACAGUCCAACCUCAGACUGAGCAUCCUACAAGCAGUUAUGGGGCUAGUAGCAUGUAUCAAAGAAAGGGUUGGACCAUGCAGACUGCUUGAAAUGAGCCUUAGAAUGCUUUUUAGUCUUCUACAAUCUUCUUGAAUUUCACCCGGUGCGACGGAAACUAUGUGUACUAUUAGGAUUGUUUUCCAGCCUUCCCUCCCCUAACCUGUAAUUUACCAUUGAAGCAAUGGUUGACACGAUGAAAUUUUUCAGUAACAUGAAGUUUGUCAAGAACACAACUUCUUUGUUGUCACUGGACUCUCCAAAGCUAUAUUCUAGUUAGAGGAUUGGAGUUAAUUGGUUUUUAUCAAUCAAUCAAUCGUAUUUAUU